AUGGAACAAAAUCAGGUAAGUGAUGAAGAAUUAUUAAAAAGAAUAAACAAAGUUUUAAACGAAUCAAAACAGGAGAGGAAGCAGCAAACCGUUGAUGCCAACAAAUUGGACGACACCGCAAGCGAAAAAUUUCUAGACGUUUACGAAACAACAGAAGAAAGUUAUAAAAGAAAUUCGGAAUCCGGUGAAUUACGAGAUAUUGGCUCGGAAAAAAAUUUAGCACUUGAAAAUCAUUUCCUUUCGUUACAACUACAGGCGGAAAAGAAAAAAGCUAAAGAACUUCAAUCUAAAUUUAAUUUGCUUGAAAAUUCCGUUAAAUAUUUUGAACGUUUAAACGGUCAGUUGGAAAAUAUUAAAAAAGCCGUAGACAACGAUUUUACAGACAGUGAAAAAAUUGAACUUGAUGUACAAUAUACAUUAGAAGCCAUGCAAAAAAUUCGUCCGAAAACGGUCUAUACAAACAUGAGCGGAAUGUCUGCAAAACCACAAAACAACAACAACAACAACACUCCGGAUGUUUAUACCGAUUCUCUUCCAUCCGAAGAUCAGUUAAACAAUCAAAAAGAAAUAGAAGAUAAGGAAGAAGUUUCGUUCAGAGAUGCCGAAGAUUUUAAACUUCUCGAACAGGGUUUGGAAAUCGUUAAGGAUAAAAAAAAUGAAUACGAUACGGAAGCUGAAAAAGUAUUUAUAACUAAAAAUGAAAAAAGGUGUUUGGAAGACAUAGGUAAUUUAGCUUCGAGAACGAGAACUCCGUUGGAUGACAAACAUCAAAGGUUUUUUGAAAAAGACAGGCGGAAAUUUGCACACAGCAUCGUCAUGCCUCAAAUACAGGAAAUAGAAAAAGCGGAAAGCGUGCCGCCGGAAAUAAUAUCGAAAACAAACGAAACUCCUAUAAAUAUAACAAGCACGGAAUUAGAUGGUCUUAGAUCUUAUUUACUACAGCUUAAAGAACUAAUAGCCAGAAGGGAAACUGCGUGGGCGAGAACGACGGAAAGAGAUUAUAAUCAAAGAGUGGAAAUAACCAGGUUUAAAAAUGAAGUGGGUCGUUUGAGAAUGUUAUGCGAGAAAAGGCAAAGAGACAUAAAAGACAGAGAUCAAUUGAUAGCUAGUAAAGACGAAGAGAUAAAAGAAUUACAAAAGCGAAUACAAGGACUCAGAAGCGCCAUUUUAAAAUUAGAAAAAAAAGAUGAAAGGCUCAUGGAUGCGAUUGACGGAGUCGUGACAAACGAAGUUUUGGAAAAUUCACAAAUAGUUCAAAGGUCGUACAACGCGAUGAAAAGGCAAUCGUUCGUGAAUAGAACAAAUGGAUCGAGUAAUUUAAGCAUGCCGCAUUUAAAACCGAAUCCUCCGGUAUCAUCACCGAUUCCGUCCAAGCCAUCAUCGAAGAGUAGAGAUUCGAUAUCGAGAAAAUUAAAAAACGUUAGUGAAAAACACGUGGUACAAAAAAAGGGUAAAAUUAUGGAAAUGGUAUCAUCGUCGAACGACGAAGACUGGAAAACGACGAAGCAAAAAAGUAUGAUUAAAGAAAAGCCUAAAUCGAGGCACAAAAUGGAUUUUAACGUGUUACAAAAAUCAACGAAAGAUCAUUACGAUAAAGUCGGGGAAAAUUUACAAAAAGUCGAAGAAAUGAUACACAACGACGUGUUAAAAGAAGCAAGGAAAACAAUGGCAUCCGGUGGUAAAUCGAACAAAGGUCAUGCGGAUAUAAAAACUUAUUUAAAAACUCACCAUGUUGAUAAAAAUUCAAAUGAAAUUCCGUUGCAUUCGAAAAAAUUAACUUCCUCCAAUAGUACGAUAAGACAAGAAAUGUUAUCUGCGAUGACUGGAUUAAAUAUUAAUUCGAGUGGACCUUUACGUAAUUGUAAUUUUUCCGAUCAUAAAAAAAAUCACACGACAGCUACCUGA